AUGACAUUGGCAGGUCAUCUGCGUGCUUUGCUCUUUAAAAACUGGCUUUUGUGGAAGCGAGAGCUUUGUGGAUCUAUUUGUGAGAUCCUUUUCCCUGUAAUCCUCAUUUUCUUUAUGGUGAUACUCAGGCUAUCUAGCCCUGUUGAACAUAUUAGCGCCAAAUCAUACCUCAACCAUCUUCAGAUAGUAGGCCCUAAAAAUUCAACUGGAGAAGGGCUAUAUAACCUAGCUAACAAGCAAACCCACCCCUUUGAAUGGUGUCAGCUGCUUAUUCCUUAUGGUUGGACUUGGGCGAUUGCACAAGAGACUAAUGAUACUAACUCCCAAUUAUUAACUGCCUAUUUGAAGACCCAAAUCGCUCAAUACUUGGACAAUGGUAAUGGAACUUACAAGGAACCUCUAAUAUUCAAGUCUAUGGGAAAGCUUGACGACUAUGUCACCGAUGAAGACUAUGACGAUAAAGGACAUACGAAAAUUUGCUUUGCAAUUGGAGUUAAAAUGACUUAUCCAAAUGCUACAUUCUCGAUUCGAUAUAAUUACACAGACACUGAUCCUACUGAUCAAACUGUGUAUGGAUCUUGGUAUGAUAUCUUUCAGACAAGUAUUUUCCCACCUGUUAAUACUUAUCAAAAAAGUGUUAUGACUGUCUAUCAGAAAGAUUUCAUCGAGAGUGGCUUUUUGAGCAUCCAAAAUAUGAUUUAUAACUUCUUUUUAACCAAAGAACAACCUGAAGGUUAUGUGCAGUUUGGUUUUGUCCCUUUUCAUGGAAUGAAAUAUAUAGAAGACAAUUUCACCAAUGCCUUUGCUGGAACUUUAGGGCUUUUAAUGUUUAUAACGUCUUUAGUUCCAAUAUCAAGACUGAUCAAUAGGAUGGCCACUGAAAAAGAAACAAAAGUGAAGGAAGCUAUGAAAAUGAUGGGACUUAGAGACACUGCUUACUUUCUUUCGUGGAUCAUUAUGUAUAUACUUAUUUUCCUUGUGAUUAGUGGACUCUCAACUCUUAUUGGUUGGGCACUAUUCAUGGCUUCAGACAAGUUUUUGGUUUUCUUACUGUUUUUCUUUUACGGAAUUUCAUGUAUUGCGUUUGCUUUUUUAAUUGUUUCAUUUUUCUCAAGAGCCAAAACUGCAAUUUUGGUUGGGAUAUUAAUUUACUUUAUGACCUUUUUCACAAUAUUUGCAGUAACUAGCACAACUUCUCAGGGCACAAAAACAGCUUUGUCAAUAUUUAAUACUGUAGCCAUGGUGAAUGGAUUUUACACUUUAUUGAACCUUCAAGCGAAUGAAAUCGGCAGUGAUUUCAGCAACUGGGGAGACAACUUUCAAAAUUAUACAGUCAUGACUUCAUUUAUUAUGCUAUUGGUUGACUCAGCAAUUUAUUUUACACUUGCACUUUAUUUCGAUAAGGUCAUUCCAUCACAAUAUGGAGUUUCACUUAAGUGGUAUUUCCCUUUCACCAAAAGCUUUUGGCUUGGAAAGCAAGGAACAGAUUCUGGAUUAAGUGAGGAAGCACUUGCAAGCAUGAAGGAAGAAGAAGAACAAAGGAGGAGAGAGUUAGAGAGAAAUGAUAAAAUCGAAAAAGAAGAGCCCUUGCUGCUUAAGCAAAUAGAAACAGGGCAAGCUAUGGUUGUAAGAGGGCUGAGAAAGCAUUUUGGAAAUAAAAUUGCAGUAGAUGGGCUAGAUCUGGAAAUGUUCAGGGGACAAAUUUUCGCACUUCUAGGCCACAAUGGAGCAGGAAAAACUACCACUUUAUCAAUGCUAACUGGACUCCUUAAGCCAACAGCUGGCAGCAUGACUGUAGAUGGGUAUGAUUUCAACUCUGAGAUGUCUGCUAUAAGAAAAAACUUGGGUGUUUGUCCACAACAUGACAUUCUAUUUAAAAAUCUAACAGUAUAUGAGCACCUUUACCUAUUUAGCAGAUUCAAAGGGAUGACCAAUAAACAAGAAAUCAAAGAAGCUAUUGAUGAAAAGCUAAAAGAAGUCGACUUAGAAGAUAAAAAAGACACUAAGGCAGGGAAUCUGUCUGGUGGCCAAAAACGAAAACUUUCACUGGCAAUCGCUCUCAUAGGAGGAUCAAAGAUUGUGAUGCUUGAUGAGCCCACUUCUGGGAUGGAUUUGUCAGCAAGAAGAAGGGUUUGGGAUAUGCUGAGAAACGAUAAAAACGGUAGAAUUAUCAUUUUGACAACUCAUUAUAUGGAAGAGGCCGAUAUUCUUGCAGAUAGAAUUGCAAUAAUGGCGGAAGGGAAAGUCCACUGCUUGGGAAGUCCUUUGUUUUUGAAGAAAAGAUUUGGAGUAGGCUAUAAUCUCACCAUUGUAAGGAGGAUUGAAGCUAGUGAUAAGGACUGCUCUGAUCGUAUUACUGAUAUAAUCAAAAAAUACAUCCCAGAUGUCGAAGUCCUAAGCGAAGUUUCUUCAGAAACAGUCUACCAAUUACCCUUAUCUGCAUCCUCUAUAUUUAAUGAGCUUUUCAAAGAAAUUGACAAAAGAACUUCUGAGUUGAAAAUAGAAAACUACGGUAUUUCAGUGACCACGCUGGAAGAAGUUUUUCUAAGAGUUGCAAGAGGGGAUGAUGAAAGCGUUUUGGAAAAAAGAAAUAGCAAAAAAUUUGAUGAAUUUAAUGAGGAGAGAAAAGAAGAUAUUGCAUUAAAAACUUGGGAAGGCUCUGAGUUUGAACUUGAAUCCCAAGAGGCCAAAAACUUUAACAUUUCUCAAGACAGAGUUAAACAUUUCCUUUUCUUUUCUCAUUAUCUGGCAUUGCUUCAAAAAAGGAUUCUCUAUUCUUGGAGAGACCUCAAAGGGUUUAUCCUUGAAAUAUUUUUGCCAAUACUACUAAUUAUGGGAGGAUUGAUUUUGCUUACCAAAGUUAGUCUCUGGGAAAGUCAAAAGUCGCUAAGUCUGUCAGUUAGCAAAUAUGACACUCCUCAAAAUAUGCUAUGGGGCGACUCUGUAAGUGAUCCUGUCACUUCAGCUACUGCCAAAGACAUUAUACUUCAUAGCAUGGCAAGCCAACAUUCUACAUCAACCUUGACAAAUACAGAAUCUGCUGAUACUCCAACAAUUCAAGAUUUCGAUAAAUUUGUAUACACCCAAAGACAUCAUAAGCCAUACAGAAUGGGCUCUUUUUAUUUCUAUGAAGCAAACAACGCAACAAAGCAAUUUUCAGUCGCCAUUUUCCAUAACACGACAGCUAUGCAAUCCUCUCCAACUUUUGCAAAUGUUAUCGGAGAAGCAAUCGUGCAGACUGCAAUUGGAGAACCUGUUAGCAUAAAAAUGCGCAAUUGGCCACUGCCAUUGACUCAUAGGCAGGCCGGCUUAUCAAGAAACGCAGCGACAUUUUAUGUCUCUAUGAUUUUUGGAAUUGGGAUGGCAUUUAUCCCUACAGGGCUAGUGACUUUUAUAGUAAAAGAAAAAGAAAAUAACGUGAAGCAUCAGCAUCUGGUGAGUGGAGUUUCUAUAUCAGCUUAUUGGCUUUCUUCUUAUACCUGGGAUUUGCUAAAGUACAUGGGCCCUUGUAUAUUGUCAGUGCUCAUGAUAGAAGCAUUUGGACUAAAAAGUUUGACUGAAAAUAAUGAGCUUUAUCAAGCCACAUGAGUGAUUUUCUUGUUAUUUGGCCUUGCGAUUUGUCCUCACACUUAUGCUUGCAGCUUUCUAUUCAAAAGCUACUCUCUGGCACAAUUCUAUGUCUUCAUUUUCAGCUUGAUAUCAGGAGGAGUUUCUGCCAUUAUGAUUUGGAUAUUGAGAAUCAACAAUAAAGGGACCUUAAGUGUGGCAAAUGUUCUUCAGUGGCCUUUAAGGGGCAUUUCACCAAUUUUUUGUUUUUCGUUUGGUAUAAUGAAUAUAUCGAAUAGGGAUGCUUAUGCAUCACUGAAUAGCGAAAAAGUUCAAGCACCUUUAGCAUGGGAUGUUGCAGGAGCAGAUGCUUUCUUUUUGAUGCUUCAUGCAGGAGGUGGGAUUCUGGCUCUAGUAUUGAUAGAAUGGCUUGGCCAUACCCAAUAUAUCAGAAAUAUGGGGUCAGUAAGAGAUCCAGGAGAAAAUGAAUACAAGCCAGAUGAUGAUGUUGAAAGAAUGAAAGAAGUCUGUACAAAUACAAGCCCGAAAGAUGUAUAGCUCUUGCAUUAUAAUAGAUUGACUAUACACGCUAAUUUUUAAAAUAAUUUUGUACUUGUUAAUUUUUUGAAAAUAACAAAUUUCCAUUUAUGGUUUUGGGAUUUCUAUCUGGCUUAAAAUGUAUAAUAAAAGUACCCUGAACCUUUUUUUUCUAGUAAUGCUAAUGACCAUAGCAAUCUAUUAUAGUGCAUAAACUAUAGCUGUAAAAGUUUCAGGCAUCAGAAAAAUUUAUGGGAGCAGGUGGAGCAAGAGUGAAGUGAAAACUGCAAUUCAAGAAAUUUCGUUCAUUGUCCCAUUCCAAGAAGCAUUUGCAUUGCUUGGAGUGAAUGGAGCAGGAAAAACCUCGACAUUUAGAAUCUUGACUGGAGAGUAUGGUCCUACUCAAGGCCAUGCAUAAACUGUACAGGGCUGUAUUAAGUAUUCAGAAAAAAUAUCUUUUUGAUUUUCAGUUCCCUGCAUAUUUAAGAAAUUAGAUCACAAUAAUUAUACCAAUCCUAAAUACAAUCUAACAUAACAUAUAUCAACGGUAUUAAUGUAGUUACCAACUUAUCAGAGGCUAGGUAUAACAUUGGCUACUGCCCUCAAUUUGAUGCUUUGACUGAAUUACUUACCCCUACUGAACACUUAAGACUUUAUGCCAAAAUCAAAGGCAUUCCUAAGAAACUAAUACCUAAAUUUGUAGCACAGCAGCUCAGUGAUAUGGGUCUAGAAAAAUAUGCAAAAGUCAGAUCUGGGAACUUAAGUGGUGGUAACAAAAGAAAACUCUCAGUAGCUAUUGCUUGCAUAGGCAAUCCUCCAGUUGUCUUCUUAGAUGAACCAAGUGCAGGGAUGGACCCUGAAGCACGCAAAAAUAUGUGGAAAGUGAUUAACAACAUCAAAUCACAGAAAGUGAGUAUCAUCCUAACUACCCACUCUAUGGACGAAGCUGAAGCUCUAUGCAAUAGCAUGGCAAUCAUGGUUGCCGGCAGGUUACGCUGCUAUGGCACUGCUACCCAUAUCAAGAAUAAAUUCGGCUCAGGCUAUGAAUUUUUCUUGAAAGUAAAAUACCCAAGCGAAGACGAAAUCACUCGCAUGAUUCAUAAAGUCUACAAAGCCGCACCAGGCGAAAAUGUUUUCGAAGAAAACUUACUCAGCGCGCUGACAGCUCUUAAAAGUCAGCAACUUAUUGAUGAAAUUUGCAAAGGAGGCUCAGGAUCUCAUAUAAGAGAAGAGUUAAACGAGAAGAAGUUUAUUGACGUCAAAACACUAGUUGAAUGGGUAAUUAUAGAAAAUUAUGGUUCAGCUAUAUAUAAAUGACUCAAACACCACUUUUCGGAUCUGAGCCUCAUUGAGCAUUAUGGGACCUCUUUCAAAUUUAGAGUUGAAAAAGGGAAUAAUAUAAGUAUUGGUGAUAUCUUCGGGCUUAUUGAGAGUCAUAAGGAUAAGUUAAAUAUCAGUGAAUACUCUUUAAGCCAAACUACUCUGGAGCAGAUAUUCAACAUGUUCGCUACAGAAGGUGAUACGGUUGUAUCUAACGCUCGGCUGAGUAGAAAGAUUGAACCUGAAUAA